GAACAGAACCAACAGGAUGGUCUGCCUCCCCAGCUUCCCACACCCUUCUGAGGGCAUCAGGAAGUACGUGGACGUGAUUACCUUCGUUUUCAUGUACAUCCUGCCCCUGGUGGCGAUUUUGAUCAGUUACUCACUGAUGGCCAAGAAGCUAUGGCUGCGGAAUUCCAUCCAAGAUACGGCAUCAGAGCAAACCAUCAACCACCAAGAGAAGAAGAAGAUGACCCUGAAGAUGCUGAUCAUGGUGGUAGUAAUCUUUUCCAUCUGCUGGCUCCCCCUCCAUUUCUAUGAAGUGCUCCUGUCCUGCAAGGUCAUCUAUACCCAUGAGGCUAUCUAUUAUGCUUUCCACUGGUUUGCCAUGAGUAGUUCUUGCUACAACCCCUUUAUCUACUAUUGGCUCAACAAAAGUUUCCGUGAUGAGCUCAAGUUGGUUCUGCGUUCUUGGUGGCGGAGGGUGCUAAACCGUAACCGUGAGCAUCCCACCAUCUCGUCCACUUUUAGACGUACCUGGAGGGAAUCUUACCCUUUCUGGGAUGCCAGUUUGGGGAUACCCAAGGCCAAUGAGGAUCCCCCUCCAGGGGACCAGAUUGACCUAUCUGGUGUCCGCCCCACCGUAGCAACGCCUUAA